UGACGACCGUCUACUGCGCCUAUUGAUUUGUGUCUCGGUCUUGGUUCUAGCUCGACUUAGUUUUGUGUGUAUCAGACAUGGCGAGCCAGACACAGGGAAUCCAACAACUGUUGGCAGCUGAAAAGCGUGCUGCCGAAAAGGUUUCAGAGGCGAGGAAGCGGAAAGCGAAACGCCUAAAGCAGGCCAAGGAGGAGGCUCAAGAUGAGGUAGAAAAGUACAGACAGGAGCGCGAGAGGCAGUUCAAAGAAUUUGAGGCCAAGCACAUGGGCACCCGAGAGGGUGUUGCCAACAAGAUCGAGGCAGAAACCAAGGUGAAGAUCGAAGAGAUGAACACAAUGGUGCAACAGCAGCAAGAAGCAGUGAUCAAGGACAUUCUCAAUCUGGUGUACGACAUCAAGCCUGAGCUGCACAUCAACUACCGCUUAUCUUAAGCGUUUAAACUUAUAACACCUAUUAAUCGCGUAUUAAACUCUUUGCGAUCAUUCA